UCACUCCUCUCACUCCUCCCCUUGCAAAAAUUCAGUUUCACUUUCAUUUGAAACAUGUGAAGGCAAUAAAAGUGUGAGCAAGAACAGACUGGCACACAAAACAUACUGAGAGAGAAAAGGAACAGAGAAAGAUAGAACCGAGGAUACAAAGUAGAUAUAAACAUGAGCGCAAAAAUCCAUAUGAAGGAUCCGAUCUGCCUGAUAGAGAACAGGAAUGGCCAUGAGUUUUUAAUUAAUGCAGAAGCAGAAGAGAUUCUGUCUCAGAUCACGGAUCCGGUGGUUGUUGUGGUGAUUGUUGGGAAAUAUCGGACAGGAAAGUCUUAUCUGAUGAACAAAUUAGCAGGAAGUAAAACUGGUUUCCAGCUAGGGUCCACUAUUCAAUCAAAGACUAAAGGGAUCUGGAUGUGGUGUGUUCCUCAUCCUGUCCAACCCUCUCAUACCCUGGUGUUGUUGGACACAGAGGGACUGGGGGAUAUAGAAAAAGGUGACAGCAAAAAUGAUGCCUGGAUCUUCUCUCUGGCAGUUCUGUUAAGCAGUAACUUAGUAUAUAACAGCAUGGGAACCAUCGACAACCACGCAAUGGAGCAGCUACACUACGUGACAAACCUGACAAAACUGAUAAAGCUAAAGACAAAUCCAGAAGGAGAGGAUAAAAAUGAAUCUGGUGAAUUCAAGCGCAUAUUCCCAUCAUUCACAUGGUGUGUGCGAGAUUUCAGCCUCAUAUUAAAGAUUGAUGAAAAGGAAAUCACAGAAGAUGAAUAUCUAAUGAACUCCCUCAUACUCAAGAAAGGUACUGAUAAGAAGAUUCAAGAUUACAACCUGCCAAGGGAGUGCAUCCUUCACUACUUUCACUCACAUAAAUGUUUUGUGUUUGACCGACCUUCGUCUAAAAAAAACCUUCAACGUCUGGAGGAGCUAGAAGAGCGGGACCUGGAAGAAGAAUUUGUGGAACAAACUCAAAAGUUCUGUGAUUAUAUACACAAACAAGGGAUAGUCAAAACUCUUCCUGGUGGUCUCUUAGUCACUGGAAGAAUGCUGGCAUAUCUUGUUAACCUUUACAUAGAGACCAUUAAAAGUGGAUCAGUCCCCUGCAUAGAGAAUGCUGUCCUUGCACUGUCAGUAAAAGAGAACACUGGGGCUGUGCAGGAUGCCUUGAAAAUGUAUGAAACUUGCAUGAAUGAUCAGGUGGCCAGAUUUCCGACAGAGACACUGGAGACGUUUCUGCAGAUGCACCAGGAUUGUGAGAAGGAGGCUCUGAAGGUCUUUAUGAAACGUUCCUUCAAUGAUGAGAAUCAAAAGUUCCAACAAGAAUUCAAGGAACUAUUAGAUGGGAAAAUGAAGGAAUUUUCCGCACUUAAUGAGAGCAAAUCUACAGAGCGUUGUCAAAUUAUCAUUCAGCAAUUAAGUGCAGCUCUGGACCAAAGAAUAUCCCAGGGAGAGUUUUUAAAACCUGGAGGACACAUAUUGUUUUUGGAAGAGAAGAGGACAAUUAUGGCAAAGUAUGACACAGCCCCACAGAAAGGCCUAAAGAGCCUUGAAGUACUACAGGAAUUUAUGAAUAACCUGAAGGCAAUUGAAGCUACCAUCCUCCAAGCAGAUGAGAGCCUAACAGCAAAGGAAAAACAGAUUGCAGAGAGUCAGGCUGAGGCAGAGGCAGCAAAAAGGCAAAGGCAGAUUCUUGAAGAGCAAGCGAGGUCCCUACAAGAAAGCCUGGAAAAUCAGAAGAAGAGUUAUGAGCUGCAUGAGAAGAUGUUAAUAGAGAAGAUGGAAAGUGAUAGGCGCAACUUAAUAGCAGAGAAUGAGCGGGUGAUCAACCAGAAGCUGCAGGAACAAAAUGCCAUGCGAAUUGCUGGACUUAAAAGCAAUGUGGAUGCUCUACAGAAAGAGAUUAAUGAGCUAAAGGAGAGAACCUGCAUUUUAUGCUAAGAAAACUUUGCUCUGUGACAGAUUCUGUUUCAGGUUAGGAGAAUGCUCUGUAGGGCCUGAAGCUUCUGAGAAAUGUGUUACAUGUGUAUUGUAUUUGCAAUAUUAAAUCCACAAAACUGCUGGAUGUUUAGUGAGUAAGUUUAAUAAAAUAUGUUUUUUGAAA